UCUUCCAUCACCUUCCUAACGGGAGGAGAGUUUGGAGGUGGAAAGCUACUGCGUCCAGACAGCGCGGCGACGGGGAGCCGGAGGAUCCAAGAGGAGAAAGAGGAAAGAGGACCCAACGAGCCUCAUCGACUUGUCUUCUCACCUCGUCCGAGAUGAAGCUUUCCAGACCCCUCUCUUCAACGCGGCCUCGCCUGCUAAGUUACACCCUGGGCAUCCUCUUCAUCCUUGUGGUCGGACUCUAUGCUCUUCCUUCAGACUCUGGGAUAUUCCUCAUCUAUAACAAUGGUCUGCAGAGCUGCUUGGAAACAAAGGAUUCUUUGGUGAAAAUUUCUAAAAUCUGUAAUACAAGUCUUCCUGCUCAGAAGUGGAAAUGGGUUUCCAGGAAUCGGCUUUUCAACAUUGGAAACAUGCAGUGCUUGGGAGUCUCCUGGAAGUCUGCAAACAGUAGUGCCACUACCCAUGCAUUGGCCACUUAUGAAUGUAGCAGUGAAUCUGUCAACAUGCGGUGGAACUGUCGGAGUCUAGGGGACCAGCUUUCCCAGUAUUUGAGCUCGAGGUUGGGGAACUGGUCACUGACACCAGCUGAGAGAGGUGACCAGGCUCGUGGAGGACAAUGGAAGAUCUAUGGAAAUGAUGAAGAUUUGUGCUCUAGGCCAUACUCUGAAAUUUACACUAUUCAAGGCAACUCUCAUGGAAAGCCCUGCACCAUCCCCUUCAAGUAUGAUAAUCAGUGGUUUCAUGAUUGUACAAGUAUGGGACGUGGAGACGGUCAUCUCUGGUGCGCCACCACACAGGAUUAUGGCAAAGAUGAGAGAUGGGGAUUCUGCCCCGUUAAGAGCAAUGACUGUGACACAUUCUGGGACAGAGACCAACUCACCAAUAGCUGCUAUCAGUUCAACUUCCAGUCCACCUUGUCUUGGCAGGAGGCUGGAAAGAGCUGUGAACAGCAAGGGGCUGGCUUGCUUAGCAUCACUGCGAUUCAUGAGCAGACCUACAUCAAUGGACUGCUGACAGGAUAUGGUUCCACACUCUGGAUUGGGCUUAAUGAUUUGGACCUCAACGGCGGCUGGCAGUGGUCUGACAAUUCCCCCUUGAAGUUUCUCAAUUGGGAAAAUGAUCAACCUGAUAAUCCCAAUGAAGAAAAUUGUGGGGUUAUACGGACAGAGUCCUCAGGAGGAUGGCAGAAUCGGGAUUGCAGCAUGGCUUUGCCGUAUAUCUGUAAGAAGAAACCAAAUGCCACUUCUGAUACAUACUUUACAGAAUCUGAAGUGAAGAUUGAUUGUGAUCCCAGCUGGCAGCCAUUCCAAUCUAACUGCUAUCGUUUGAUAAGUGAAAAGAAGAGUUGGAUAGAUGCCAAAAAGACCUGCUUGCGCAGUGAAGGGGAUCUGGUGAGCAUCCAUACCCUCUCUGAACUGGAGUUUGUCACCAAGCAAAUUAAGCAAGAUGUUGAAGAACUUUGGAUUGGUCUGAAUGAUCUUCGGCUGCAGAUGAAUUUUGAGUGGUCAGACAGCACACCAGUGCAGUUUACAUUCUGGCAUCCUUUUGAGCCCAACAAUUUCCGAGAUAGCCUUGAAGAUUGUGUGACUAUCUGGGGACCGGAAGGAAGAUGGAACGACAGUCCUUGCAAUCAGACAUUGCCUUCUGUCUGUAAGAAACGAGGUCGAGUAAGUCAGGGGAAAGAGGAGGACCAUGGCUGCAGAAAGGGUUGGAAAUGGCACAGUCCAUCCUGUUAUUGGCUGGGGGAUGACCAUGUGAUAUACAGUGACGCUCGGAGAAUGUGCAUGGAUUUUGGCUCUGCCCUGGUUACCAUCACCAACAGGUUUGAACAGGCCUAUGUGAGCAGCCUCAUCUAUGGCUGGGAGGAUGAAUAUUUUUGGACUGCAUUACAAGACAUAAAUGAAACCGGUUCUUUCCGUUGGUUGAGUGGAGAUGAAGUCACUUAUACCCAUUGGAACCGUAACCAACCUGGUUAUAACAAAGGUGGCUGUGUUGCUUUGGCCACAGGAAGUGCCAUGGGCCUGUGGGAAGUAAAGAACUGCACUACAUUCAAGGCCAAGUAUAUCUGCAGGCAGAAUCUGGGGACACCAGUAAAUCCUGAACUCCCUUCACCACAUCCUACACCCAGCCUCACUGGCACUUGUCCUUCAGGUUGGACCACCACCUCCAAGCUGAGAUAUUGCUAUAAAGUAUUCAGCUAUGAUAAGCUGCAGGAAAAGAAAAAUUGGAUCACAGCACAUUUGUUCUGUCAGGAAUUAAAAGCACAGCUCUUGAGCUUGAGUGAUUAUGAGGAAGAACAUUUUGUAGCCAAUACCCUCAACAAGAUUUUUGGGGAGUUGGAACCUGACAUUCAUGAGCAACAUUGGUUCUGGAUUGGAUUGAAUCGCCGUAGCCCUAGAGCUGAGGGAAGUUGGAGCUGGAGUGAUGGUGUUGGAUUUUCUUAUCACAACUUUGACCGCAGUAAUCAUGAUAAUGACGACAUCCGUAACUGUGUUGCCCUGGACUUGGCAUCCUUGCAGUGGGUGCCUCUGCAGUGUGAAAUUAAACUGGACUGGAUCUGCAAAUUGCCCAAAGGGACUGAGGUGGAAGAACCAGAAACAACCAUCCAAGGGAGUAAUGAGUGGUUAAAGUUUCAGGAUGCUGAAUACAAGUUCUUUGAUCACCAUUCAACUUGGGUGCAGGCUCAACGGAUUUGCACAUGGUUUCAAGCUGAUUUGGUGUCAAUUCAUAGCCAAACUGAAUUGGAUUUUCUGGGCCAAAACUUGAAGAAGUUUUCAAGAGGUCAGGAGGAACAUUGGUGGACUGGAUUAAACACCUAUGAGAAUGAUGGACGGUUUCGGUGGUCUGAUGGUUCCUUAUUGAAUUUCAUCUCAUGGGCACCUGACAAACCACAGCUUAUCAGCAAAGAAAGGAAGUGUGUGUACAUGACAGCUAGCCGAGAAGACUGGGGUGACCAGAGAUGCCUCACAGCUCUGCCUUAUAUUUGCAAGCGUACCAACAUCACCACUAUGCAGCCCUCCUUGCCAUUGCUACCUGUACCAGCUCCUGGCAGCUGUGCCCAAGGCUGGCAUGCGUUCAUUAAUAAGUGCUUUAGGAUCUAUAAUCAAGAAAAAGUGACAUGGCUGGAGGCAAAACAGAAAUGUGAAAUUCAGGGAGGUAUAUUGGCUACUAUCUCCAACCUUCUUGAGCAAGCUUUUAUAACAACUCUUCUUCCAAAUGUGACCUUUGAUAUAUGGAUUGGCCUCCAUGAUUCCAAGAAGGAAUUUCUCUGGGUAGAAUCUGAGGCUGUCAAGUAUGUGAACUGGGCCCCUGGAGAACCAUCUGGAUAUGGAACAUCCAUUGCUAGUGAUCAGCCGGGGAGACGUAACUAUGAAUGGUUUAUAGAUGAGAGCAUCUCCUACACAAACUGGCAAGAUGGAGAACCACAACAAAUGGCGGGGUGUGCAUACAUGGAUAUAGAUGGAACAUGGCGAACUGCCAGUUGCAACACAAAGCUUCAAGGGGCCAUCUGCAAGUUGAACACAGGACCCCUUUCUUCACACAAGUGGAGUUACAAUGGAAGUUGUCCUAAAACAAUAGAAGAUUCUUCUUGGGUUCCUUUCCGAAACCAUUGCUAUGCUUUCCACAUGGAAGUUAUUCUAGGCCAGAAGGAAGCUGUGAAGAAAUGCCAGAAAGUUGGAGGUAUGGUGCUGUCCAUCCUAGAUGAGAUGGAGAAUAUCUUUGUUUGGCAACAUCUACAAGUUUAUGAAAGCCAAGCCAAGGGGGUAUGGCUGGGGAUGUCCUUUAAUCCGAAAGGGGGUUCACUUGUUUGGCAUGACAGCACAGCUGUAAACUAUUCUAACUGGGGACAACAUGAUACAGGACCAAGCAUGAUCAGCCCAAAUAGCUGCUAUUGGAUCCAGAGCAGCAAUGGUGUUUGGCGUCUGGGCUCUUGUUCAAAUGUAACCAUGGGAGUCAUCUGUAAGACAACUCGAGCGAAAGGAAGCUCCAUCUCCAAAUCAGCUUUCCUGGAAAAUACAAAAACCAUUGUUGUAGUCAUCCUCUCCACUCUAGCACUCUGUGCACUGGUAGCUGUGGCCUUCUAUCUGUAUAAGCGCCGGUUGAUUUCAGAACAAGGGACAUUUGAGAGUGCUCGCUAUAGCCGCACCAACGCUAGUCCUAGUGAAUCUGCUGAGAAGAACAUCCUGGUAUCUGAUAUGGAGAUGAAUGAACAACAAGACUAAUAGUGAAUGUGUCAAGUGUGGGAGUUGGGUAGGGAUGGUGGGUGGUGGGAGAAUGGGAUGGGAGUGUCACAAGUACCUGUCAUGAACAGUCUCAAAAAGCCUCUCAGGAGAGAACAGAACUGCUGAGUCAACAGCAGAAGAGUUGGAAGGCAGGGCAGUGACCCACUAAAGAGAUGUGGAGAAAUACUAAAAGGGACUUUGUAAGAAAUCCCAGUUUACCUUUUUCUACUCAGAGAAAAAUGAUGGUUCAUCUCUUGGAAGGAAAAUCUCAUUUUGUAACCUAUAAUCUCUAAGUAGCUAUACAACUUCUUCACAUCUCUUUAGAGACUUAGUAUAUAAGCAUUUUUUUUCUCUCCGAUAAUAAUAGCAAAACAAGUAUUUUGUUGUAUCUUUUCAUCUUGCUCUUCCUACCCUGUCUGUUUCUUUCUCUGAUAUGUCCUUCCAUUACUUCUCAGAGACAUGUGAAAGGCCCUUGAAUUCUUUUGGUUGAGAUCAGAUCUUCUAUUCCACUGCUGCCCAGCAACUUUUUCUUUUUUAAGCCAUGAUGCUAUCAUGAAACCCAUUGCCAUAGAAAGCCUUUUCCUGAAACCAUUGAAAGCAGCAUCAUUGAACUUUCAUAUUUACGAGUGCCAGCUUCAUGACAGAAAUAUUUACAGCAGUGCUUAAAAGCUGGUGAAUCUCUUUAAAGGUUCAAUAUUUCUACAUAAUAUUUUGACUCAUCUGUUUAUUGGUUUCUCUUUAUCUAGUUUUAGGACAUGUGGAGAACAGAUCAUGGUUUAGGUCAUAUUUAUGUAUAAAUAUUGAAAGGAUUCGCAAACUUUAAAGCACCAGUGUAGAUGUACUUAUUAAAUUUAUGGAUGGCAAAUAAAUUUAAUAAAUAAAAUAAUAAAUGACUGCUUUGGAAUGGCAAAUAUAAGAAUGUUGAAAUGUUUUGGCAAUUAGAAUAUUUUAUACAAUACUGCAUAAAAAUGGCCAGAGUAUUGUGUAAUUACUAUUCAUUGAUUAAAAAAACCCUUGUAAUUAAGAAUAUGCAGAAGGUGUGGUGUUCAGAUCUUUAUAUCUUUGAGAGAAGAAUAAUCAGAACGAGAAAGUUAUACUGCAGGAUUACAUUUUCCCAGAUGAAAUAAUGUUUGAGCACUUAAAUAAAUGCCGGUAGGCAAAGCAGUAAUUAUCCUAUGUAAUAACACAAAUGGGAAACAAUAAUGCAUAUUGUAUAAAACCUGAUUCAGCAGAAAGAUAUCAUCCAGAUUUUGGAACCCAGAUGUGCUCAGAAUCUGAGUUUCAUCACAAUCACAAAAUGACCAGCACAACACAAACUUUUGUGUGUGAGGGAGAUAUCUGUAUGCAUGCAUAUAGGAGCAUAGUUUGUAUUAUGAUAUUUGGAUUCCCUUCUCAAUAUUUUAUUUAUCCUCCUACUUUGGGUAGCCAUGUUUCAGGAACAGAAAGCUGGUCUGUGAAUUGACAUUCCAUUCCACAUGAGUUUAAUCAUUUGAAAAAAGUAAAUCCUUUAUUUUUAUUUAAGAAUAGCAUAUAGGCUGCUGGGCAACUUAAGGUUUGGAUACCAGAUGCUAAGAACCAAUGAAAAAAUACUGUACCUGCUUAGAAUAGUGGCUUUUUAUUAUAAUAAUUAUAAUUAUUUACAGAAAUAAAGAAUAAAAGGAGCCUCAUUUAAAACAGGGACCCUGUGAGAGCCAUUCUAUUUUACGUUUUCAUUUUUAAUUAAAUAUUUCUGAGUGGUAACUGUGACAAUGAAGUGGGGAUAAAUAUUUUUACAACUUAGAUACUUAAGGAAUUUAUUGUAUAUGAAAACAGAUUUUUCACUUAAGCUGGAUAUUAAGUGUUUGUAAAAAAGCUAUACCUAUGACAUUUGCCAAACACAUUCCACACCAACAAUAGUAAGGGAAGUUUCAAAAGCAAAUCUAACUUUCCCGUUUUCCUUUCUUUUCCCUUCAUAACUGCCUGUUUAAUGGGCAACUUUUUGAUUUGUGUCUAUAUAUUUUUAUCUGGCUCUCUUGCUCAAUAUUUUUCUCCUCAGGGGAUAAUUUAAAUCAUGAUAGAGCAUUUAGAUGUUUCAAAGUCUGUCGUAGGAUGGGCAAGUUGCCUUUGAGCAUGUGCAAUGUUUUUUCAUGUCACUGAUGAGACACACUGAUGAGACAAAGCAGCAGUCCCCCUGCAUCUUAAUAAUGCUACAGCAGAGGUCAAGAUUUAUAGCAUUGGGCACAAAAGAUAUGCCAUUUUACUGAUGAAGUAGAAUCACUUUGCAAUAAUAUUUAGGACAGGAUUUCUGUGCAAAUAUCUUGUGGAAACUGACCAUGUAUGUUCACUGAAAUGGGUAUUUUUUAAUAAGAAGCACAGGUUCCUUCCCCAGGAACCGCUGACAUGCUUGUUCAGUUUUGUUUAAUGGGAAUUGUCUUGAAAGCAUAUCUUGUGCCAAGCAGGCCAGCUAACAUGUGUUCAAGGAGUAAGUGCAAUAGCAGAGCUGAAAGGAUGGGAAGCUUUUCAAGAUUAGCCUCUUCAUUCUCCCAGCUAUUCAAGCUGCUGCUAUUCCCCCAAUUUCUCUAGCCAUAAUGACUAUACUGUAGCCAUUAUGUUUCUUAUAGUCUUGCUUAUUAUUUGCUUUCAGAGUAAAUCAAGUGUAACUAAAAAUUAUUAAUUCCAUAAAGGAGGGGAGAAGUAUCCUGCCAUUAAUGGAAGGUUUUGAAUAUACUGGAAAAUGUUUCAGAUUAAAUAUUUCUUGUUUGUUUUUAAUAAUGUGAAAAGGUGCUAAAAAACUGGCAUAUUUUAAAAUAGAUCGCUAUAGCUUUUUUAAAAAAAUAAGUAUUUUGAAUAAAGCUUACUUUCCCAUCAUUUUCAGCAAAAUGUUUUUUUUCCCCAUGUUUUCAACAGUUACAAAGAAUCGAAAAAGUUCUUACCCUUUGUGAUUUAUUUUAUUCUCUCAGGAUGUAUUACAAUGCUGAUCUUUGCUUUGAUAAAUAUUGGGAAGAUUCUAUUUUUUUAUGACCUAAAUAAGCAUUGUUAAUUUUUUCUUUGUAAUGAAACUCGUUAGAAUUCAAAAUCAUGAGAUAGAUAGUCCUUUUGUGUUAUGGAAUGCAUGAAGCAUAACAACUUUUUAAAAAUCAGUAUUAUUUAAUUCUGGCCUUAGCCAAACUUAACAAUUUAUCCCAAUUUAAUUGCAAACAUCUAUAAUAGUAUGCAACAUUGCUCCUUUUGAAUUAUAAAGAUAGCUAAUUAAGUCAAAAUAUAGUAUAUAGAGAAAUGAAAUAAAGGGAAAUAUACUAGAAAUAGAGAACUAAAAAUAGUCUCUAAAAUUGAUUCACAAAUUAUUCAUAUGAUCUCUCUUUAGGACAAUAGUUAGAAUAAUUAACACGAGGGCAUCAACUCUAAAGCAAGAUGAAAAUCAGAAUGCCAAUGAAGCUUUAGAUUAAUAUCUAUGAAAUAUGCUUACUUAGUCUUAGAUACGUUUAUUUAAAUUGCUCCUUUUCAGGGAUGCAGUUGCAAAGGUUUUGAUAGUUACUAUCUUAUAUAAGCAAAGAUUAAUUAAAAAAGAAUUUAAGGAAUUGGUAUUCAGCACAGCUUUAAAAGGUUGCAUCCUGGCUUGAUCACCGAAGGCAUUCACUGUUUAUGCAGUGAAACAAAGAAAUGAAGUUUCUCUGACAAGGAUUCAUGCAUCUGUAACCAAUAUGGUUACCAAUCUGUAAUCAAUGUGGUAUGUUUGAACUACAAAAGUACUUUAAGAGCUAUCAGUAUUCUUGGAUUCCCUCCUGUGGACACAGGGACUCUUCAAAAAUACUUCGUGUAUUUAUAACUUAUGUUCCUCGAGUUGCAAUUUAUGCCAAUGUAACUUUCAAAAGCUAUCUCUAGGUUUAGAAGCAUAAGUUCUUCAAAUAUAGCUUAUUUUGGCAGCAUG